AUGGGCAUCCAUGCUGUUAGUGUCAUGCUAGAGGCUCUCAAUAGAGAUGCCCAACAUGCUACUAUCGCCAAGUUCAUUCAAAAUGAACUUGACCUUGAACGCGAGAAAGUAGCCUUGCUUCACCAACAAGGUUCUCAACAAGCAGAGUUUUUGAGAGAACAGGGUGCUCAACAGUUUGAACUGUUGAGACAGCAGCAGGCUGCUGCUGGUGGGUCGAUGCACUCGCGUCGACCCGAGACUUUGAAGAUUGACAUCUCCAAGUAUAGGGGAGUCAAAGAGGACUCCCUCUUGAGAUGGUUCGUCGAAUUGGAUGACGCCAUAAGGGCGCGUCGCAUCAACGACGGGGAUAUGCAAGUUGCAUUUGCCCAAUCAAAUCUGGCAGGACGUGCCAAGACUUGGGCUUUGGGGCUCAAGUUGCACGACCCAUAUGCGUUUGGGUCGUUGGAAGUCUUCAAGUCGCGGCUCAGACAAACGUUUGAACCGCCUAGAGCUGAGUUCAGAGCUCGAAUCGAACUCUUGAAGCUCAGACAAGGUAAGCGUGAUGUGCACGCUUACGCGCAACAUAUACGACAUCUCACGAGUUGUAUAAGUUCCAAUCCGGUGGAUAAACACACGUUGGUUUCGGUGUUCAUGCAGGGUCUUGCGGAUGGUCCCGUCAAGACUCACCUGUUCCGGCUCGAACUAGAUUCACUAGAACAAGCCAUUUCCAUUGCGAAACAGGAAGACUUCAGUCUGAGACAGGCUCGCGCCAGCUCGACAUCAUAUCGUCAACCGAGACGAUAUGACAACGGAGGUCCAGAGCCGAUGGAACUCUGUUAUGUAGAGAGCGAGAAGGCUCGCUCUACAGGCUACAAGAAGUUGCAGAGAUGCAACAGAUGUCAAAAGACAGGACACUACGCUUACGAGUGUAGUGCCCCUCGUCCAGUGUCUCGCAACACUGGGCGUAGUGACCGUCCACCCAUGAGAAAGGGGCAGGGACGCGGGUCCGCUGUUGGUGCAAAGAUGCAACAACGGGAUGGACCGUCAAAAAACGGACAGGAUCAGUAG